UCGCUUUAACUAUUUUUAAUUAACUGUUCUUCUAUAGGACGACAACAUGUCAAAGUUAACUACUGCUAAAGAAGUAUCCACUUUCCUUUCUAAAUUCACUCCAUGUGAUGCUUCAGAUGCGUUAAAUAAAAUCGGUAUCAAACAUGGUGGAUUCAUACCUAAUUUAAUUCAAAGAUCUGCUAUUUCAUCAACAUCAGUAGGUAAAGCAUAUACGGUCUUAUAUGCUCCUAAAUCAGAUCCCAGACCUGAGAUUAAAACAUCAUAUAUCGAUCAAGUCCCAGAAGGUAGUUUUGUGGUGAUUGGAGUACCAUUAACUUGUCAAUCGAUUGAAGCUCCUUAUAAUAAAAUCAAUAAUGCCUUAUAUGGAGGAUUAAUGUCGACUCGAGCCCAAUAUUUAAAAGCUAAUGGUACGGUUGUAUUGGGUAGAAUCAGAGAUUUGGAUGAACAUCAAGAUUUACAAUAUCCUGUUUGGUCAUAUGGAGUUGGUACGAGUGCUCCAGGUCCCUUAGUUAAAUUAGUAGGGAUAAAUGUUCCAAUUGAUGUGAAAGUUAAUAGUAUUAAUGAACCGUUUGAAGUUAUAACUAUUAAUCCAGGUGAUUAUAUCAUUGGAGAUAAGAAUGGAAUUGUGAAAUUAGAUGAUGAUGAUAAGUUAGCUGAAGUGUUAGAAUAUAUUCCAAAGAGAGUUGAAGCUGAUACUAAUGUGAGUAAUGAUAUUAAGAAAGGCAAACCUGCCAAAGAAUCUCAAAAUUUUUGGAGAGGUAAGAUUUAGCUGACAUGGAGUAUCCCUUACAUAUCAUCCAUUACGUUCCUACUUUAGACACACCUCUGUAGAUGAUUUUGUAGAUGAUUAUUUAUUAUAUAUAUAUGUUAAAAUUACUGAUUAACUAUGGCUUAUAUAUUGCGGUGUGGAUCUCA